AAGCGGAAAUCAUCAUCGUAAUCACAACUUCACCGCCAUUAUCACCUUCGUUAGUAAUAGCAUCUUCGCUCAUAAUCCCAUCCAUGGAGAAAACCCAAUCUUCCCCCAGAAACCGCCUCAAGUUUCUCUGUAGCUAUGGCGGCCGUAUUCUCCCGCGCCCCUCAGACGGCCACCUCCGCUACGUCGGCGGCGAUACUCGCGUUCUAUCCGUUCCCCGCUUCAUCUCCUUUAAAGAGCUGAAGGAGAAGAUCGCCGGAAUGUUCAACGCGGAUUUGGUGGUGAAGUAUCAGCUGAUGGCAGAGGAUCUGGACACCCUCGUCUCCGUCAAAACCGACGAAGAUCUUUACCACAUGAUCGACGAAUACGACCGCCCCCGAUCCCCCACCGUCGCCUCCUCCCCUCUAUUCCGUCUCUUCCUCUUCCCUUCCCCUGCGGCGGUGGCGACCGCCGCGGCAGCGGAACCCGCCGCCACUCUCGAUCAACGAUACGUCGAUGCCAUAAACGGUGGUCUUCCCACCCCCCAACCGGCGCACUAUGCAGGCUGCGGAGGGAUGCAUCGGGUGAGGAGCACCCCGAACCUCGGCCGAGUAAGCGGUGGAGGAUCACCGAUGGCUUACCAGAGGCCGAACGCCGCCUUCGGCUACGGCGGAGGGCCAGGGUGGAGAAUGGGUGGCGGUGGAGGGUUUCGUCAGGAGGUUGGUUGUGGAUGUGGGUGUAAUUGUGGGUGCGUGUGUUCAUCUUCACAACUUAUGAGGAAAUACGUGCCCUCACCUCCGACGGCCGGGGGGUCGCCGUGGGGGCAUUUGACCGAGGUAUCGCCGCCGCGCAGGGGAAGCCAAGGGUCGCAACUUGGCCCUGCGAUCGCUGGUUCCUCCAUGAGAGUUGUGUGGGAAUAAUCUAUCUUAUUCGUCUUUCUCUUAUUUACUAGUUAAAAUUGUUUC